AUGAAACUUUCAAUCGCCAUAUUGUCACCAAUCCUGCUUGCCUGCUCGGUCACUGCUGCCAAUCCAGUUCUUGACAGUUCGACUACAAGUACUGCAACUACUACUUCGUCAGCAUAUCCUAGUGCGACUGAAACUAGCGGGACUAGUCAUUUAACUCCUUUGGAUCCGUAUAGUCUACAUAUGGAUAAUUGCCAUCCGAUUGGUAUUGAUGGAAUCACACUGAUCGAGCUACUUGCAUCAAAUGCACAUAAACUUGAAAAACUAUCGCGAUAUAUUGACACGAAAAGAGAGACAAUUAGCGAACAAAAGAAAGUGAUCGAUGAACUCAAGGAAAAAAUUGACCAUUUAAAGAGUAAACCUUCAGGCCGUAGAUCAGAGAUAAUCAAACUCGAAUCUACGCUUGCUGAAUACAUUAAAGCUCUUGGAAAUCCCAAAAGGCAGUUAAGAAGGCUCACCAAAGAGCAUUCGGAUACGAAUCAACAAAAUGUUCAAACACGAGCGAUGCUUGGAGAGUACUUUGCAAAACAUCAUUCGGUUGGAUCAACGAACUCUGACGGUACGAUAAACACUGAACCAUAUCCUGGAUUCACGAAAUGUUUUGACUAUUUCUACUAUCGCUCACCACAAUGA